CGACCAGAUUUGGGCAGCGGGAAAAAACAUAGGAAGAAAGAGUAGGACCAGACUGCCAGGUACUUAUCUAGUAAUUGUAUCGCAAACGACAAUUGUCUUGCAUCGAAGGCCUCAAAGUUACCGAGACAGCGGACAAGCAAAUUCAAGAAAAACUGUACCACCAGUCAUACGGACUGACUCGAAAAUUCUCCAAGGCGGGGGAAGAACAAGUGGUGUGAAUUGCCCCUCCAGAGCGAGCCAUGGGAAAGUCGUCAAAAGACAAGCGAGAUGCGUACUACCGACUGGCAAAAGAAGAAGGAUGGCGGGCACGAUCUGCAUACAAGUUACUGCAACUAGACGAAGAAUUCAAUUUGUUUGAAGGCGUCACCCGAGUCGUGGAUCUCUGUGCUGCACCAGGAAGCUGGAGCCAAGUGCUAUCCCGUGUGCUCAUUAAGGGAGAAAAAUUUGGACGGGCGGGGUGGCAGGAGAAGCAGGCUUCGACACGGAACUAUGUUUUGGGUGCGGACAAGAAGAAGGAAGAUGGUCUGGAAGUAGAGAAAAAGGAACAGGAUGCUGGAGUCAAGGAACAGAGACCAAAUCCAAGAGAAGGAGUACGGAUAGUUGCGAUUGAUUUGCAGCCCAUGAGUCCGCUGGAAGGUGUAACGACAAUGCGCGCAGAUAUUACGCAUCCUUCAACAAUACCCCUUAUGCUCAAGGCGCUCGAUCCCGAUACAUACGACCCCAAGGCCACGAGCGGCUCCUCACCUGUGGACCUGGUGAUUUCCGAUGGGGCGCCCGACGUCACUGGUCUCCACGACCUCGACAUUUACGUGCAGAGCCAGCUCCUGUGGGCAGCGCUCAACCUGGCCCUGUGCGUGCUCAAGCCCGGCGGCAAGUUUGUGGCCAAGAUCUUCAGAGGUAAAGACGUCGAUUUGCUGUUUGCACAGCUGAAGAUUGUGUUUGAGCGGGUGCGCGUGGCCAAGCCGAGGAGUAGUCGGGCGAGCAGCAUAGAAGCGUUUGUCGUGUGCGAGGGCUUCUGUCCUCCCAAAGGGUUCACGGCCAGUCUGGACAAACCGCUUGGCGCGGGCACGCAGCUGCCCACACCACGAGCACCCGCUCCGUGCGAUGCGCCCAGACCAGAAAGCAGGGUCUCGCGAAAAGUCAGGGACGACGGGGCAAUCGAGAUUGACCUUGGCGACGAGAGCGAAGACCAGGAUGAUAUGGAAGAAGGAGGUCAGCGGUGGAUAGCGCCGUUUCUGGCAUGUGGUGACUUGUCGGCUUACGACUCUGAUGCUACAUAUCAUUUGCCCAAGGACAGAGUCAGUCUGGACCCUGUGCAGCCUCCUACAGCGCCGCCGUACAAGAGAGCGCUGGAGAUGCGAAAAUUGGCCGGGGGUGCAUACGGGAAGACAAAGGGUAGGGCUGAGCAGACAGCAUCGUAAUUGAGAUUGAGGAGGCGGUACUUGGACUGCCGUAACAAGGAUGCAUGUUUCAUUUCUGCCAUGACAUGACUUGAGGGGCUAGUGGAUAAUCAUCGUUCGGCAUAGAUAUGUUUGUUGCAUACGUAUAGACUACAUGGUGGCACAAUGUAAGCAAUAUCCAUCUAUGCUAUACUCGAUGUUUUAGCGUUUGGUCAGUGUGCGUUUGGAGACUUGGGGUGGUAUGUAAGCAAGUAUACAAAUACCUUGCACCCUAGCGCUGUAGAGGCGUUGUGUAAGUAUGUAUCAGGUGCAUGGG